AGAAGCGCCUUUUCUGAGUGCUUGUCAAAACACACAAUCGCUUGUUUUGGUUUCGGUAUCGUUGCGCGUUAUUUGAAACCCAGUGCAAAUCAAGCAGGUUCAACGUUUCACUAUGCCCCCCAAAAAGAAGCGAAUGCCCAACGUACAGAACAAUAGCUGGGUUGUUAUUGCUGCAGACUCCGUCAUAGACAUCCAGAUGAAGGAGAAUGACCCCACCUUUGUGAGAUUACGCAAUCCAGCCACAGAUGCAGGGUCCCUCUACAUGCUGAGCGGCGGCGGUGGGAAUGUGCAACUUCACGAGGUCAAAGCAUUUGAAGAAGACUUUCGUUCCUGGUUUGUUGGCCAAUCAGUCCAGAGAGAUGGGAGGCUUCUGUUUGUCACACCGAUGGAUCCUCUUUAUCUCAUUUUGCCCUAUUUGAUCAAAUCUGCAAAAGAAGGCAAGUUCCAGCCGGCGGAUCAAAUGGUGAUGGAUGAAGAGUUUCCAGCAUGUAGCAGACUGCUGAGCUGCACGCGUUCCUUGGCCUCCAUGCAUCACGUAGUGGAUGAAAAAGAGGUGGGAGGCCUCAAGUUUCACCGAUAUAAUCAAGACAAAACACUGGCUUGGUUAAAGAAGAAGGUAGAGAAAACAGUCCUUGUGCUCAAGAAGAAGAACAUCUCUGUGGGGGAGGGAGUUCAGUCCUCCUCUUAUAUUCGAGUCAAGAUGGAUUCCGAGUCAAGCAACGAGGACUACCUUGGCUACGCCCAUGGCCUGAUAUCAGAAUACAUCAGCAAAGACCUGAGCAAGGAACUUCGCCAGCACUUGCAGUUACCGGAGAUCACAAGUCCAAAGGAGACUGAACCACCUUCAAAGAAGCGAAAACUGUCCGACAAGCCGGUGGAGGCGGGAGAAGACUAUACCAAAUUCAACAGCGGAGAGUUUGCUCGCAAACCACCCAAGAAGAUGACGGCCGCUCAGAAGAAUCUGGCAAAGGUGGAUAAGAGUGGCAUGAAAACAAUGUCGUCCUUCUUUCGCCCCAAAGUGAAAGAGGAAAAGAAAUGAUAUUUUGUUCACCUUGUGCUUGCUUUUCUACAUGGCCUUUUUGUAAGAAAGCAAAGAAAAAAACUGUGGUCAAAGUCAAAAUUCAGCCAUUCCCAGCCAAUUUUGUUCUGAUAUUUACAGAUUAGAAAUGCAUUUGACAAUUUGUGCUAAUCCAAACUGUUGCAAACCAAAGCAGCAGACCUUACUGAAACACAUCAGUCAAACUUUAUGCUUUUCCCUGGUCAGUAUUAAAAAUAUCAAGUUACAAAAUAAUAAUUAUUUUUUUGUUAUGUUGUGACAAUGUCUUGAAUGAAGAUUGAAUGAACUCUGACCAUGCACUUGAAAAGAAAGUCCCUAGAAUGUCUCUAGUUUGAACAUGUACAGCUGUUGCAUGUGAUUAAAAUGCAGCAAACUGACAUUUUGUAUUUGAUUAUUUUUGAGAAGUGUGAAAAAUUGAUCAAUUUACCAUCUUUUAAUCAUGCAAACUUGAUGUACAUUUUCUAAAAUAAUUUUAAUUUUACACUUCUGAGGUUUGGGACGCCAGUUUUGGCUUUUGACUUCCUGCAUGAAGUUUUCAUUUUCUUCACGUGUGUGCACGCGCGGGCUUCAUUCCACAUCCCAGAAACAAUUUGAUCUCAAAUGAAAAUUCCAAUCCAUCCAUAGGAGUGAAUGUAAAAUGGUUGUCUGUUUGUGACUGGCAGGCAACUAGUCGAAGGUUUCAGCUCCAGUUCACCUGUGACCCCAUUGAAGACUACAGAUGAUGGAUAAACAAUUACCAAGGAUGUUCAGAAAUUUUAUGUAGAGUAUUGAAGACUAUGUUCUUUUGUUGUCUGUUGAAAGAAUGAUGAAAUCUCCA